UUCCGAAAUCAGGACAGCGGGGAGCGGAAGGCGGCGGAUGAGGCCGCUUUCUAUUUCCGGGUCGCGCUCCUCUGGCUGGAGGCAAGAUGGCGGCGCGGUGCUUGUGGAGGAGGCUUUGCCAGGGAUCAUCUUUUCCUGUCAACUAUGCAAGCAGAGUUAUGCAAAAGCAAUGUUUUCUUCCAAACUUUGACUUGGUGGGAGGACGAUUCUCUGGAUCCCAUGUUCAUACACAGGAACAGAAGACUAAUCCUCUGGUGUCUAUUUCAGAUGAACCAGAAAUACUGUACCGGAGACUGUCCCUUUUGGUUAAAGGCCACGAUAAAGCUGUGUUGGACAGCUACGAGUAUUUUGCUGUGCUUGCAGCUAAAGAACUUGGCAUCACUGUUGAAAAAGUACAUAGACCUCCAAAGAAGAUAGAACGACUUACGCUUUUAAAAUCUGUGCACAUUUACAAGAAGCACAGAGUUCAGUAUGAAAUGAGAACACAUUACACCUGUUUGGAGUUAAAACACCUAACGGGCAGUACUGCUGCAGUGUACUUAGAGUAUGUUGAACGAAACCUACCUGAAGGGGUUGCCAUGGAAGUAAAAAAGACAAAGAUAGAGAAAAUACCUGAACACAUCCAGGAGCCAGUUUGGGACUCUCUACCUCAAGUAGAAGAAACAGAAGUCAAAUCAUGAAUUCACCAGGUACUUGGUUGUUAGUACUGGAACUACUUGCUCCUAUCAACCUAAUUUACUAAGACGAUCUACUGAUAAAUAAAAGUCCUGUUUUAUAAAUAUUCUUAAAUAUUCUGUAAAUAUUCUUAUUUUACUAAGUUAUUCUUGAUCAUAGCUCCAGAACUUUUAGACUAACCAAGCAUCUGUAAUGUGAAGAGGCUUGACUGCAUGCUGUGAUCAUCUGUAGUGUUUUUUGAAAGCUAAAACGUAUUUAUAAAUAACCUAGAUCCCCAUUUGA